GCCAAUUCAAAGGCCCAUAGUUAGUAGCUUAAUGAGCCCAUAGAUAGAACAAAUCGAAUUGUAGAUGGGUUUGAACAUGGUAAUGAAUUCGCCACUUGAACCAGUGGAUUCGUUUCUUUUCCCUCCCCCAGUCCUGAGUAUGCUUUCUGCGAUAAUAAUUAUCAACCCCUUCUGUAAAUCCAUUUAAGCAAUCAAUCCCAUGAAUUUGUAAGUUCUCCUGAAUCUGCAGUGUUCUAGUCUUUGUGCUUUCUAUUUAAGUGGUUUGCUUAUAAAUUUUUGAAUUCGGUACUCUUUGUUUGAUAUUAUUAAGAGGUUUAGGGUUUAUCUAUCUGCCGAAGAUUGAAACUUGGUUGUGCUUAUUUGUUGCUCUGAAAUGUCAAUUCCUAGAGAGCUUUACCCUUCUCAAGAUGAUCUCCUAUAUGAAGAGGAGCUUUUGCGUAACCCUUUUAGUCUUAAGCUCUGGUGGCGUUACCUAGUAGCCCGCCGGGAAUCCCCUUUUAAGAAGCGUUUCAUAAUAUAUGAGAGAGCCCUUAAAGCUUUACCUGGCAGUUAUAAGCUUUGGCAUGCUUAUCUUACCGAGCGUCUUGAAAUUGUUAGAAAUUUACCCGUUACUCAUUCCCAAUAUGAAACCCUGAAUAAUACAUUUGAAAGAGCUUUGGUUACUAUGCACAAAAUGCCCAGAAUUUGGAUUAUGUACUUGCAAAUUUUGACAAACCAGAAAUUGAUUACUCGCACACGGAAAAAUUUUGAUAGAGCACUCUGUGCAUUGCCUGUUACACAGCAUGAUAGGAUUUGGGAGCUAUAUUUGAGAUUUGUGAGCCAAGAGGGGAUACCCAUAGAGACGUCGCUCAGAGUUUAUAGGAGGUACUUGAAAUAUGAUCCUAGUCAUAUUGAGGAUUUUAUUGAGUUUUUGGUGAAUUCUCAUCUCUGGCAAGAGGCUGCUGAGAGGCUAGCUUCUGUGCUGAACGAUGAUCAGUUUUAUUCAAUAAAGGGGAAAGCAAAGCAUUCAUUAUGGCUAGAAUUGUGUGAUUUGCUUACUAGACAUGCGAAGGAGGUGUCUGGGUUGAAUGUGGAUGCCAUUAUUAGAGGUGGAAUUAGGAAGUUUACAGAUGAAGUUGGAAGGUUGUGGACAUCUCUUGCUGAUUAUUAUAUCAGGAGGGGAUUGUUUGAGAAGGCAAGGGACAUUUUUGAGGAGGGAAUGACUACAGUUGUUACGGUGAGAGAUUUUAGUGUUAUUUUUGAUGCAUAUUCACAGUUUGAAGAGAGCAUGGUUGCUCAUAAGAUGGAAAGUUUAGAUUUAAGUGAUGACGAAGGGGAAGCACUGGAGGAGAGCGGUGAUGAGAAGGAUGAAGAUGUUCGUUUGGAAGUGAACUCUAAGUUUGAGAAGAAGAUGCUUAAUGGGUUUUGGUUACAUGAAGAUAAUGAUGUGGAUUUGAUGCUGGCCCGAUUGGAAUAUCUCAUGGAUAGAAGGCCAGAAUUGGCCAAUAGUGUACUUUUGCGGCAAAAUCCACAUAAUGUGGAACAGUGGCACAGGAGGGUUAAGCUUUUUGAGGGUAAUCCCACUAAGCAGAUAUUGACUUAUACUGAGGCAGUAAGGACAGUAGAUCCUAUGAAAGCUGUCGGGAAGCCCCACACUUUGUGGGUGGCUUUUGCUAAGCUCUAUGAGAAUCACAAUGAUCUUGUUAAUGCAAGAGUAAUUUUUGACAAGGCAGUGCAAGUGAACUAUAAAACUGUGGAUAAUCUAGCUAGCAUUUGGUGUGAGUGGGCUGAAAUGGAACUUAGACACCAAAAUUUCAGUGGCGCGCUGGAGCUGUUGAGGCGGGCCACAGCAGAACCAUCAGUUGAGGUCAAACGAAGAGUGGCUGCUGAUGGCAAUGAACCAGUCCAGAUGAAGGUGCAUAAGUGCCUCAGACUCUGGACCUUUUAUGUCGAUUUGGAAGAGGGCCUUGGAGACUUGGAGUCCACACGAGCGGUUUAUGAGCGGAUAUUGGACCUAAAAAUAGCCACACCGCAGAUCAUUAUUAAUUUUGCAUUGCUUCUAGAAGAACAUAAAUACUUCGAAGAUGCUUUCAAGGUUUAUGAAAGGGGAGUGAAGAUAUUCAAGUACCCUCAUGUCAAAGACAUAUGGGUCACAUAUCUUUCAAAGUUUGUAAAGAGAUAUGGGAAGACAAAACUGGAACGGGCAAGAGAGUUGUUUGAACAUGCUAUUGACAUGGCUCCUGCUGAUGCGGUGAAACCUUUGUAUCUUCAAUAUGCAAAGCUGGAAGAGGAUUAUGGUUUGGCAAAGCGAGCUAUGAAGGUUUAUGAUCAAGCAACUAAAGCUGUCCCCAAUACUGAAAAAUUGGAGAUGUAUGAAAUCUAUAUUGCCCGUGCAGCAGAAAUAUUUGGUGUCCCAAAAACAAGAGAGAUAUAUGAGCAAGCCAUUGAGUCUGGUCUUCCUGACAAGGAUGUAAAAACAAUGUGUUUGAAGUAUGCAAAGUUGGAGAAAAAUUUGGGAGAAAUUGAUCGUGCACGUGGUAUAUAUGUAUUUGCUUCUCAAUUUUCUGAUCCACGAUCUGAUGCUGAUUUCUGGAAUGAAUGGCAUGAGUUUGAGGUGCAACAUGGAAAUGAGGAUACUUUCCGGGAAAUGCUGCGUAUUAAAAGAAGUGUUUCUGCAAGCUAUAGCCAGACACACUUUAUUCUGCCAGAGUAUUUAAUGCAGAAGGAUCAAAGGCUGAACAUUGAUGAGGCAAAAGACAAAUUGAAAUUAGCUGGGGUCCCUGAAGAUGAAAUGGCUGCUCUAGAAAGGCAGUUAGCCCCUGUGGCCAACAACAAUACAGCUAAAGAUAGCAGCAGAAAGGUUGGAUUUGUGAGUGCUGGAGUGGAAUCACAGAAUGAUGGAGUGAUAAAGGUUAAUGCAAAUCAAGAAGACAUUGAACUGCCAGAAGAAAGUGACUCUGAAGAUGAUGAAAAAGUGGAAAUCACACAAAAAGAUGUUCCAUCUGCUGUCUUUGGAGGAUUGGCUAGGAAGAGAGAAGAGGUUGAAUCUGAUGAAGCUGGAAACCAUGCCACUGCUGCAAAGGACAAGGAUGGUGAAGGCCCUCUUGGUGCCCUUGCAAGAAUGAAAAGGCAAAGACAAGCAUGAUUACUUGGAAAUUUCAAGUUGAGGCAUUUAACUAGGGAUGAGGUUUUGACAGAUUGUAUACUGUUGCUAAGUGCUACAGAUUUACACCUGAAGUUGUCUUUUGUAAGUUGUAUGAUAAUUUUUUAUUGUAUCAGAAAACAUGUAUAUUUCCAUCAAAUUCUUUACUUGAUAUCAUAAUACUUCUUGUGUUUUCUAA